AUGUUGGGCACAGCGCUCAGUGUCAUGCCUCCUGGUCAAUGGCUCAAAACUCGCAUCAUGGCGCCGCGUCUUUGCAAGCGUGCAUUUUCUCUUUUUUCCCAAAAACCAACAGCACCUGCGCGGGUGCUGUCUCAUCCGAUUGAAGAAGAGCUGCUCCCAAAAGAGCGCUUGAAGCAUUUCCACGCCACCCACCCAGGCCAAAUUCUCGAUGGCAGAUUCAAGACGAUUGCAAAGAUUGGUUACGGGGCUGGGUCAACUGUCUGGCUGGCAGAAAACCUGUCGUAUAAGAGAUGGUUCAAGUCUUCCAUUCCUCGCUAUGUCACCAUUAAGAUCCCUGCUACAGAUAUAGACUCAGCUGCAGAGCUGAAGGUUCUGAAGCUCAUUGCAAAUGCCAACCCUUUACAUGAAGGUCUUGGAUGCAUACGGACUCUAUAUGAUGCGUUUGACUUACCAGGCGAACAUGGGACACACCACUGUCUUGUCUUGGAGCCUAUGAGGGAGACUCUUUUUACUUUUCAACAGUAUCUGCCGCGAAAAAGGUUAGGAUUGGGCAUCUUCAAAGCCUACAUGUUCUGCUUGCUUCAAGCGUUGGAUUACUUGCACUCCGAGUGCCAUCUAAUCCACACAGAUAUUAAGGAUGAUAAUAUCCUGAUUACGUUUGAAAAUGAUUCUGUUCUUAAAGAACUGGUCGACUUCUCCAAACAUAAUCCUCAACCGAUGCACAUACGAGAGGAAGACGGUCGUGUUACAUAUCUAUCUCUUGGUCCAAUUGACGGCUGGGAAAAGGGUUCUAUGAUUCCCAAGCUUGUUGACUUUAACACCUGUUUUCAUGGACUUCCCGACAACGCUGGCCGUACAAACCCCAUCCAAUCUCACCGAUAUCGUUGCCCAGAAGCAAUUCUUGGCGGAGGUUGGUCAUACAGUGCCGAUAUAUGGAAUCUCGGCUUGAUAAUGUGGGACCUACUAGAAGGCAAGAGUCUGUUCCACCCCGCAGGCGAGGGCGGCGAGUAUGACGCUCAUGUUCACCUUGCUCAACUAGCCUCUGUCUUGGGUCCUCCCCCAAAAUUUCUUGCUAAAAGAGAGCAGUUGUACCGGACGGUUAAGCUUGAUUUUGAGCUUGUGAAUCGACAGGGUAAAAAGUGCAACACCGUGAAUGACUUUUGGGGAGGGCCAUUUUUCGACCAAGACGGCGGCCUCAUUCGAAGAGACCUAAUCAAGGGAGGAAUGGGGCUACAUAGUACGGUUACUGAGCUGGUCGGCGAGGACAAGGAGGAGUUUCUGGACUUUGCCUUGUGCAUGCUGCAUUGGCUCCCGGAUGGGAGGAAAACCGCCAAAGAGCUUUUGCAGCAUCGUUUUUUCGACAAAAAGGGAGGUCGCGACCCGCGAUCAAAUGGCUACAUGGAUUUUGUUGAAUAA